AACGCGACAACUGCGUCGCCGUCAAUUCGUUGUCUAGAAUCUCCAUCCGCCAUCUGCUCCACCAGCUUGACACCACAGAGCAAUGUCCGAUACAGAAGAGAGACAGUCGGCCGAGGCCACGGCGCUGGUUCCGACCAGCACAGACGGAGCAACAGAUGCGCCCAGUGGGAACAAAAAGGUCAAGAAGAUAAUACGCGUCAAGAAGAAGCGCCCAGCAAGGCCGCAAAUUGACCCAGCCCUUGUCAAGUCGGAACCGCCACCACAGACGGGCACAACCUUCAACAUCUGGUACAACAAGUGGUCUGGUGGCGACCGCGAGGACAAGUACUCGUCGCAAACCGCAGCAAAGGGCCGCUGCCAUGUCGCCAGGGACUCGGGCUACACGCGGGCAGACCAGGUCACGGGCUCCUUCUUCUGCCUCUUCUUCGCGCGCGGCGUGUGCCACAAGGGCCAGGACUGCGAGUACCUGCACCGGCUGCCGACGCUGCACGACCUCUUUAGCCCCAACGUCGACUGCUUUGGGCGCGACAAGUUCUCCGACUACCGCGACGAUAUGGGCGGCGUGGGCUCCUUCAUGCGGCAGAACCGCACCAUCUACGUCGGGCGCAUCCACGUGUCGGACGACAUCGAGGAGGUAGUGGCGCGCCACUUUGCCGAGUGGGGGCAGGUCGAGCGCUGCCGCGUGCUCAACACGCGCGGCGUCGCCUUCAUCACCUACACCAACGAGGCCAACGCCCAGUUCGCGAGGGAGGCCAUGGCCCACCAGUCGCUCGACCACAACGAGAUCCUCAACGUGCGCUGGGCCACGGCCGACCCCAACCCCAUGGCCCAGGCCCGUGAGGCCCGCCGCGUCGAGGAGCAGGCGGCCGAGGCCGUCCGCCGCGCCCUGCCCGCCGAGUUUGUCGCUGAGAUCGAGGGCCGCGACCCCGAGGCCCGCAAGCGCCGCAAGGUCGAGAGCUCGUACGGCCUGCAGGGGUACGAGGCGCCCGACGACGUCCACUUUGCCCGAGGCGCCCACGCCGUCAACCCCGUCGGCAGGAGGGGAUACGAGGCGGGGGCCGAGGAGCCGUCGGACCAGCAGCUUCUGCUUGAGGCGGACGGCGGCCAUGUCCCGGCCAGGGAGGCCGUCUUUGGCGCCGAGGAAGCGGAGCCUGGGAUCUUCUCGAGCAGUACCCUGGCGGCGCUGAGCUCGGCUAGGGUCAAGGUGUCUGCACACACAAAACCAGCGGCCGCAGCGGGGCCUCUAGUCGCAUACGAUAGCGACAGCGACGACUGAUGGCAGGGAUGGUUGGGCAAUAAUGAUAGAGGACGCUUGUGAUGCUCGAAAACCAAAUUGUGUGCACUGUUAUGCUAUCUGUUAUGCUGUAUGUAUAUAUAACAUAUUUCUAGAGCGGGUUUCGCAUCAUGAUACCAAGAACCAUAAAAAUCAAGAACUUUUUUUU